AUCACAAACUCAAGUUCAGGAAACCAUGUUCCCUAUCUAUCUAUCUAUCUAUCUAUAUAUAUCUAUGUGCAUACUACCACCACCAUUCAGAGACACUACUAUUGUGAGUUCUUCAUCAGUUAAUGCUCAGCAAUGUCGGACACCGCCGUCUCUUCGUCCGCCGACACAGUGGCCUCUAACGAUGAUCUUCUGGCCGAGAUCCUUGUCCGCACGCCUUUGAAGUCUCUGAUGAGAUUCAAAUGCGUGUCCAAACACUGGUCUUCUCUCAUCGCCGCUCGCCACUUCGGCCUCCUCCACACUCUCCGCCGCCCCAACUCCAAGCCCUCCGGCCUUCUCCUACGCCACAAGCCUUCCCUUUACACUGCCGCCACGGCAGCGGACUCCGACUUCGAGCUGGUUCCCCUGAAUUCCGGCCUCUCCAGGGCUCCCCCGUUCACGUCUUUCAGUUUCAUCGGCGACGACCCUUCCGGCUCCGGCGCCAAGAUUCUACAGUCUUGCAAUGGCUUGUUGCUUUGCGGCAGCUUCCCGUAUACUAUCGGAACCAGACGCAUAUAUUACAUAGUGAACCCCACCACCAAGCGAUACAUAGAACUCGACCCGCCACUCGAAGAUGGCGGGUCCACAGCUUUUUUGGGUGUUAAUUUGGCUUUCGAUCCUUCAAAAUCGCCUCAUUACAAAGUGGUUUGCGUGCAAAUCACGUUACGAUCAUUGUAUAAUUACCGGAUUUGGAUCUACUCGUCAAAGACCCGGUCUUGGAAAAUCUCCAUGGAGAGCUUCACCGCUCCGUUUGAUAUGGUUUUCACGGAAGGCGUCUUCUGGGACGGAGCCAUUCACUGGAUCAAUCCCUGCGGGGCUUCUCUGUGUUUCGACGCCGAUGCAGAAUGCUUCAGGAAAAUGCCAGAAAUUCCGUUACCUCAGAACGCUCUGGAGAAGAGAAGGUGCAGGUUUUUCGGCGAGUCUAAUGGCCAUUUGAAUCUCAUUGAAUUUGAAGGCCGCCAAACCAGAGAGUUCCAUGUUUUAGAGAUGAAAAGUGAUUAUUCUCAAUGGUUUGUCAAGUAUUCUGUCAAUCUCGAACGCCUGGUGGCUGAAUUCCCCGAGAUUGCGCAAAAUUACUUGGAGCUUGGUGAUUCGAAUAAUUAUGAUUUCACCAUACUUGGAGUUCAUCACGGAAAGAAUGAAGAUGGAUCUUUGCUAGUGCUGAGAAUACCCGGUAAGAUCGUAUCUUACAACUUCAAGAACAGUUCUUCGGAGGAGCUCCUGAAUUUCGCUCCCGAGAACACUGACAAGAGGCUUAUGCCGCAAGGCGAAUGUUUUGACGUUUACCAAUACGUUGAGACCCUCGCUCCUGUUUGAUCAUUCAGUUUCUUGUUAAUCAUCAAGUUAACUAGUUUAAUUAUCCAUAUACCUUCUAGCUGUUUGAUGAUACUUAAUUUUGUCCUUAAUCUUCUUGUUAAAUGGGUUUAGUUUGAUGAAUAUCUAUAUGACUUACUUAUUAUCCUUCACCGUGCCAGUUAAUUGAUCAUUGAGAAGAGGCGUAUUUAUGCUAUAUAUAAUGCUUUUUUUGUCAAUGCAUUCUUUAAAUUAAUCUCAGGAUAAGGAAUCAUGAUUUUGCGUUACUAACUGUUGUUCAACAGUUGGUGAAUAACUUCAAAAAUAAUAUAGGUUGCCUCCCAGUGCAAGUUAUCGAAACAAACAAUCAAGGCACUUGCAAAUGUUAAAGGAUUCUGUUUUCUAUGUUAUUCUUUCAUUGUUAACCGAAGAGGCACAAGAAGGAACCGUCUUUGAUGUCAAAUGCAAAUGACCUUGAUUAGCUAAAUAACAAAUGCUUGCCUAAUUCAUGCGAUUGAUGAGGGUUACCUAGAUUUCUGCUUCAAUUUCAUGCCAAUUACAAUCCUUAAUUUGAUUUUUACCCCUUUUGGGUUCCUCAAUUUAAGGCUAUAUAUAUUCUUUUGAGGGGGGUGGGAAAAGAAAUAGUUUAUAAAAAGAGUGAAAUGAAAGGGGGAGGAAGAGGGGUUCCAUAAGAGAAUUCCCCUUCCUUUAUUUGACAAUUAAAUUAAAAAUAAAAUAAUAUAAUAUUUUAAUUAAAACUACAAGUAUUCUUUAGCUUAUCCCCGAUUUGAAAUACGAGACUUUGGAGGAAAAUGAACCGUGUUUGGUUAACAAUGAGACCAGUCUUUGUCAAAUAGAAAACAAUUGUUUGAUUCGUAUCUCUAUCGUGAAUUGAUUAUUCCAAUAUGAGCCCGAUUGGGGUGUACCCAUUAUUCCACACCUAAUGGUCCCUCCUAUUAAAAUGCAGAUUUGGAUGACAUUCGACCACCUACCUAUACAUAGUUACGAAGUUAAAACUCUAGCUAGGCAGCCCACAGGUUCAAAAUUUACGCACUAAAUCAUAUUUUUUAUUAAGAUACUCCAACCAUAAGCUACGACGUUCACGUGGUAAGAAAGUCAUAUUGUCAUCGUAAUUGUGGAUUCUCUUAUUGAUCGAACUGGAAUUAAUCGUCUGACUAUCCUCCAUUUUGCCUUACCCCUUUUUUUUAUAGCUUUUAAAUAAUUUAAUUUUUAACUUAAAAAUUAGAUAACAUUUAAGUUGAUAAUGUGUUUGGAUAAAUAU